CUCUCACAAUACACAUGCGGUGGCCGCAAAUGCAGGAAGCACAGCUCUAUCAUCAGACAGUGGAAACACAACCACAACAUGCAGGGCUGAAGCUGUUCGUUCACUGAAGGACAACUCUACUGACCAAUAGUUGUUGUUUUUACAGAUGAGAAGAAGAGAGAAGAAACACUUACUGUCUGAGACCUGAGAAGAAAGGAAAGGAGAAGAGGAUAUAGUAAAUGAGAUACUUGACUGCUUUCUCUGAGACCUGAGGAGAAGAGAAGAGAGGAGAUGAUAUAGAAAAAGAGAGAUACUUUACUCCUUUCUCUGAGACCUGAGGACAAGAGAAGAGAGGAGACAAGAAGAGACAGUAUUUUUCUGUUAUGAUUUUAGUCUCUGAUGGAGGAUGUUCUUCAGUGAUGCAGAUGUAACAGCCUGUGAGUCAGGACAUGCAAUUCUACUACGUGUACGUGGGUGACCAUACGUGGGCGACCAUGUUGGGACAGAGUGUCCGUUUGCAGCCAGUACCCAUCCAGAGCCUGUCUGAGCUGGAGAGGGCCCGGCUGCAGGAUGUGGCCUGCUACCAUCUGGAGAAGAGGGACCUGGACUUCAACAUCAGCAUCCCCAGAGAAAUCCGCAAGAGGAGGAAAUCACUCAGACGGAAGUUUGACUCCUCCAAAGAAAAGAAAGAGAAAGAACGAGAGACAGCCGCCAAGGCGUUUGGUAUAACCCUCUCCCAGGCGAUAGCCAACGACCGGGCGUACAAGCAGCGCCAGGAUGCUCUGAAGGAGAGCAGAAGAGACUGUCUGGAUCUGGAGGCCAGCGUCCUGAUGUUCCGCGCUGAAAAACGGCAGUUUAGCGACGGGAACAAACCCCUCUGCAGCACGGCUUCAUCACCCUUCAGUGGAUCUACAGCUUCGUCUUCAUCAUCCUCGUCAGUGCUGGAGCUGCACAGCAAGCCGCUCUCACCCAGGUUCCUGGAUAACACGGCUAGAGUGCAGAGACGGGGUGGCCUAUCAGUGGACUGCAUCUCAGAUCUUGUAGAGAGUCAGUCCCGCCUGUUGGAGGCGCUACAGCUGUCCCACCCUGCAGAGCUGGAGCUGAAGAAGACUGCAGCCGGAGCCGGGGGGCGGACCCAGACCAAGCUCAGCCUCAACCCCAUCUAUAAACAGGUCCCCCGUGUGGUGGAACGCUGCUGCUGUCACAUAGAGAGACACGGGCUACAAACUGUGGGGAUCUUUCGUGUUGGCAGCUCCAUAAAGAGAGUUCGGCAGCUGCGUGAGGACUUUGACAUGGGGACAGAUGUGUGUCUGGAAGAAGAGACCAGUGUCCAUGACGUAGCAGCCCUGCUGAAGGAGUUCCUCAGAGACAUGCCUGACCCUCUACUGCCUAGAGAGCUCUACUCUGCUUUCCUCCACGCCAACCUUCUGCAAGGGACAGACCAGUUCCUGUACCUCCAGCUGCUCCUCUACCUGUUACCGGCCUGUAACUGUGAUACCCUGCUCCGCCUCCUCACCCUGUUACACACCGUACAGAGCCACGCACAGGACACCACAGGACCACAGGACCAGGUGUUCCUAGGCAACAAGAUGACAGCAACUAACCUGGCGGUGAUAUUUGGUCCCAACCUGUUGCAGGGGGAGAGGGGUGGAGGGGAGAUGAGUCCUCACGCCAUGGACAUCGAGGACAGCGCCGCCAUCAUCAACGUCACCCUGCAACUUAUACAGAACUAUGAGCGACUAUUCACGGUGUCAGCAGAGCUCCAACAAGAGGUGCUGAUGAGUCUCAUUCAGACAGAUCCUGACAUCAUCGACUAUCUUCUCCGCAGGAAACUCAGUCACCUGGCGGUGGGGACAGUAGAUUCUACGGGGAGUCGGCGGGACACGGGGGUGUCUCUGGACUCUGUGGGGUCAUUCAGUGAUAGCCUGUCACCCCUGGAGACCCCCUCGCCACUCUUCAACUUGUCCCCCCUGGAGCCCCCCUCUCCCCUCUUCAACCCUGACGGGCCCGGGGACGGCAGCCUGACCAGUGAGGUGUUCUUUAACCUGGAGGUGCUACGACACCACAACAACAAGAAACGCUCCAACGUGAUCCUGUCCAAGUCCAUCGGCCAGAUGAGACAGUUCCAUUCCAACCACAACCUCCUGAGUCUGUCCCAGUCCUCUAGCAGCUCCAGAGUCCACCCAGAGGACAGCUACCAUGCCCAGGAACAGAGGGCUCCGCUUGGGGAAGAUCUGAGCUUCACCCUGGGGGCUGCCUCAUGCUCCAGCCUGGGAGGACAGGGGGAUAACAGUGUCUGGGUGAGGCAGACACCCCAGGAGGAGAGAGAGAAACAGGUGGCUAACAGUGUCUGGGUGAGGCAGGCGCCCCAGGAGGAUAGAGAGAAGCCAUCUCCAAGUCAUUCCAGUUAUUUCUGGGACUUCUUCACAGGGAAGAGCUCGGGGUCAGAGACCAUGGUAUGAUAGGACACGACACUGGGGGGUGCGGUGGAGGGGUGAGUGCAUUCCAGGGGCGGAUUGGGACUAGAAAUCGUUGGAGCAGCCCACUGGGCUUUUGUCGGUUCUGCCAGUUUCUAGGCUGAUGGAAGGUGGUUGAACCAUGGACUCUAUGGGGGCGUCCAGUGGUAGCCUGUCACCUGACCAUGAGAGAGAGGGUAUAUACACGUGUCAGACAAGCACAACCCAAACAUACUAAACACACUGUUUAAAUACUAACACUGCUUGGGACUAACAUUACCAAGGAAUUUUAUAUAUAUUUUUUUACUAUUGUUCCUAUAUCUCCUUUGGACUCCGAGUGAUGCGGCUGGAGACUAUGUUAUGGUACACUAUCCCUUAUCACAGUACAGCUUUUUACUCAGCUCUUCAACUUCUUUGCUUCGGCUUCUGAUGCAAAAAACAAGAAAUUGGGGCCUCUUCUUUCUAUUCCACAAGAGGGCAACCUUUACCACACCUCGUAUAUACAUCAUCUGGCUGCUGUGAACGGGACCUAUUACCCCACUUCACAGGACCAUUUGAAUUAACUACCAGGGACAAUAUGGCCGUAGAUAUGUUCUACAACUAAAGACAUUAGUUAAAUAAAGGUUACAUUUAAAAAAUAUUUUAAAAAGACAUACCUAAAGAUUCUGGGAAUGCUGUGUACUGUACAGACCUACCUGAAGAUUGAGAGAGAAAGCUGUGUACAGACCCACCUGAGGAUGGAGAGAGAAUGCUGUGUACAGACCUACCUAUAGAUGGAGAGAGAAUGCUGUGUACAGACCCACCUAUAGAUGGAGAGAGAAUGCUGUGUACAGACCCACCUAUAGAUGGAGAGAGAAUGCUGUGUACAGACCCACCUAUAGAUGGAGAGAGAAUGCUGUGUACAGACCCACCUAUAGAUGGAGAGAGAAUGCUGUGUACAGACCGACAGUUGAAGUCGGAAGUUUACAUACACCAUAGCCAAAUACAUUUAAACUCAGUAUUUCACAAUUCCUGACAUUUAAUCCUAAAAAUUCCCUGUCUUAGGUCAGUUAGGAUCACCACUUUAUUUUAAGAAUGUGAAAUGUCAGAAUAAUAGUAGAGAGAAUAAUUUAUUUCAACUUUUAUUUCUUUAAUCACAUUCCCAGUGGGUGAGAAGUUUACAUACACUCAAUUAGUAUUUGGUAGCAUUGCCUUUAAAUUGAUUAACUUGGGUCAAAUGUUUCGGGUAGCCUUCCACAAGCUUCCCACAAUAAAUUGGGUGAAUUGUGGCCCAUUCCCCCUGACAGAGCUGGUGUAACUGAGUCAGGUUUGUAGGCCUUUUUCAGUUCUGCCCACAAAUUUUCUAUGGGAUUGAGGUCAGGGCUUUGUGAUGGCCACUCCAAUACCUUGACUUUCUUGUCCUUCAGCCAUUUUGCCACAACUUUGGAAGUGUGCUUGGGGUCAUUGUCCAUUUGGAAGACCCAUUUUCGACCAAGCUUUAACUUCCUGACUGAUGUCUUGAGAUGUUGCUUCAAUAUAUCCAUAUCAUUUUCCUCCUCAUGAAGCCAACUAUUUGUGAAGUGCACCAGUCCCUCCUGCAGCAAAGCACCCCCACAACAUGAUGCUGCCACCCCGCUCUUCACGUUUGGGAUGGUGUUCUUCACCUUGCAAGCCUCCCCUUUUUCCUCCAAACAUAACGAUGGUCAUUAUGGCCAAACAGUUCUAUUUUUGUUUCAUCAGACCAGAGGACAUUUCUCCAAAAAGGACGAUCUUUGUCCCCAAGUGCAGUUGCAAACCGUAGUCUGGCUAUUUUAUGGCGGUUUUGGAGCAGUGGCUUCUUCCUUGCUGAGCGGCCUUUCAGGUUAUGUCGAUAUAGGACUCGUUUUACUGUGGAUAUAGAUUAUUUUGUACUAGGAGACAGAACACAUUUUCUUCCUCCUUCCUGAGCGGUAUGACGGCUGCGUGUUCCCAUGGUGUUUAUACUUGUGUACUAUUGUCUGUACAGAUUGACGUGGUACCUUCAGGCAUUUGGAAAUUGCUCCCAAGGAUGAACCAGACUUGUGGAGGUCUACAAUUUUUUUCUCUGAGGUCUUGGCUGGUUUCUUUUGAUUUUCCCAUGAUGUCAAGCAAAGAGGCACCGAGUUUGAAGGUAGACCUUGAAAUACAUCCACAGGUACACAUCCAAUUGACUCAAAUUAUGUCAAUUAGCCUAUCAGAAGCUUCUAAAGCCAUGACAUCAUUUUCUGGAAUUUUCCAAGCUAUUUAAAGGCACAGUCAACUUAGUGUAUGUAAACUUCUGACCCACUGGAAUUGUGAUACAGUGAAUUAUAAGUGAAAUAAUCUGUCUGGAAACAAAUGUUGGUAAAAUGACUUGUCAUGUACAAAGUAGAUGUCCUAACCGACUUGACAAAACUAUAGUUUGUUAAAAUAUUUGUGGAGUGUUUGAAAAAGGAGUUUUAAUGACUCCAACCUAAGUGUAUGUAAACCUCAGACUGUACCUGAAGAUUGAGAGAACGCCCGUGUAUAGGCUACAAGAGACACACCUGUUAAAGCAACUUCUACUUUAUGAUAACCUCUUCCUUACCAUGUAAAUGUAGUAUUUUGUCACUUUUUAAAAUGUUUGUAUGCAUGUAUAUUAGUGUUCUUAUCACUUUAAGUUGUGUUGAAAUUAAACAAUACUUGUUCCAUG